AUGAAUAAUAAUAGAACAAAUGAAAAUAAUAUAGAUGAAGGUAAAAUACUUUCAAAAGAAUUAAGAGCAAAAAGGUGUUUACGUAAAAAUUAUAUAGAUGAUAAGAUAGCAGUAAGAAAUAAAAUUAAAAUUGACUUAUUAUAUACAAACAAUUUAAAUAACAAAAAAAAAAGUAAUACUAUAUUAAGAAAUGGAAAUAAAGAAAUCAAUAGUUGUAGGUAUCUAGGAGAAAAUAAAAAUUUUGGAAUAAUUAAAAAAAAUAAUAAAAAAUAUAUUAAUGAAGAAAAUAGUGGAAAAAAAGAAAGUAAUAAUAAAGAGAAAAAUAAAAAUAUAAACAAAACAAAAAAAAAAAAUUACAGUAGCAAAAAUAAUAAUGAAGGAAAAGAAAAUAUUAAAAAUAAAAAUAAUAUAAAUGUAGAUAAAAAAAAUAAAAAUAGGAAUAAGAAAAAACAAAUUAAUACAAAUUCUAAAAUAAUUAAUAAUCAAAGGAAAAUUAUAAAAGAUAACAAUAUUAGUUCUAGAAAUAACAUAUUAUCUUGCGAAAAAAACUUUUCUAACACUACUAAAAAAUUAAAGAAAGAAGAAAAAGAGAAGAAAAAAGAAAAGGAGAAAAAAAAAAAAAAAAUUUGUAAAAAUAUCGAUAAUAAAAAAAAAGUUUUUGUGAAGUUAUCUGAUAAAAAGAAAGAAUUAAGUAAAUAUAUAAAAAAAAAAAAAGAAGAAAUAAUUGAAAUAGUAAAUGACAAAGAAUAUACAAUGCAUAAAAAUGAGAAUAAAAAUAAAAAUAAAAUUAAGGUAAAUUAUAAAAAUGUUAAAAAAAAUUUAAGUAAGCAUAAUAUAAAUAGUUGCAAAACUAAAAAUCAAGAGAAUAAAAACAAAAAUCAAAAAGAUAUAUUUAAUACCUUUGAGAUAAAUGGAAUAGAAAUAAAGAAUAAUAAAUACAUUUGUAAAUUUAAAGAUAAAUUAAAUAAAACUCAUAAAUAUUUCUUUCCAAUAUAUAAAUAUGGAGAUGAACAAAUUGCAAAAAAGAAGGCUAUUUUACUAAAGUUUCAUAUGUAUUCUUGUUUAUAUUGCCAAAAUGGAAUACUAUGUAAUUUUGUAGAAAAUUAUGUAUCAUAA